GUGUCAACUUAAUGCCAGGACAAUGCAACCUAGGUCUGAGAGUGCGGUAAGAAAUGAUGCUAGCGAGCGGCAGUAGCGCCAGAUCUGGUGUCUGUCUAUGCAUCUCUUUCUCUUGCACUUAGAGUUCCAGUGGAGGUUCCAGUUGAUGACUGAGAACUCGGAGGUUUCAGGUAGCCUAGACAGGCGUCCACAUAUUGUCACUCGAAAUUUCUUGUUUUGCAUAGCUCUGAAUGAGACGUCCACAUGUGGACCUUUUGCCAGUUCAGCACCUUUCCUAGUAGCUCCAGGCCAUCCGUCACCUCAAUGGUCCGCCGGAUCUUCAGACAUAAAGAUCACUGGUUGCAUUUAUUUCAUCGACAUCAGUGCACGCUUAUACUUAGAAACUAUCAGACAAACCGCUUCAGUAUUGACUCGGAUCAUUACACCUCUGCACUUCCUUCUUCGUUUUAGAGCCCCCUGGAGUAAAUUGCCUGCUCACGAUCUGACGAGUUCUAGGUACCCAAAAAGGCGUUCACAAGUGAGCGUUCCACCGAUCCUGUACGUACACUGGUAACGCGGAGCCAGGGGUGUGAGGAUUCAAAAGAACGAAACGAAAAGCGACGCUGGCAGCCAUAGUAGUGCACUGCUGGAUCAAGCGCCUGUCUAUACAUCUCUUUCUCUUGCACUUAGGAGUUCUAGCGGAGGUUCCAGUUGAUAACUGAGGACUCGGAGCUAGAGCCUAGAUAGGCG